UCCCAGGCUCACAGUGACCAAAGUUCCAUGAACACCUGUUCUACCACACGUGCGAAGCUCUUGCGCGACCCGCCGGGCCUUCACCGGCACCGGCGCCGGCGCGUCCGGGAACAGACCGACUGCCGCCUUCCACGUGCCCGCGGGGUCUCCCCCAUCCAGGCGACCCACAGCGGCGCCACCGCAUCGAAGCCUAAGGGCCCCCAUCACUCUGGCGCUGGGUUAUCCGAGGCCGUACCGGCGAGGCGGAGGGCGCGGAUCUAUAGAAAUCAUCUCUGAAAGAUUCUUUCUGAUUAGGCCUGGCUUGCUCUGCCUCUGACCUGAUGAGUGAUGCCCUGAUCUGUUCACUCGAUUCGACACUAGGCUCAGCUGCUCUGCGCUGCACCGCAAGAUACUGACAGAAUCUUACUUGUACAACACCCUCUGGGUAUUGCUGGGUUCCUUUAUCUCCUUGGCAUUGCUAAAAGUAGGAAAAUGAUUCUAGCAUAUGUCACCAGAUUCCUUCUGCUCAGAUUCCAAAAGUUCUCGAUUGGAACCAUGCCAUGCUUUCAUCCGCAUCUCUCUGAACAACUUUGUAAACGGGACUCCUUUUUCAACCGAAGAUAUGAUGGCAUUGCAAGAACAAGACCCACAAGUAUCAGCUGGUAUGGUCUGUAUCUGCAUAUAUGUAUGCCCUUUUGCUCUGGGCUUGGGCAUCCUUGGCAUUGUGGCUGCUUCUCUGCCGAGGUAUUGGUGGUUCUUGGCAACGGCUGCUCUUUUGCUCUGUGCUUGGGGCUUGGGCAUCCUUGGCAUAUAGGCUGCUUCUUUGAAAAAGUAUUGGCUUGUUCAAAGAGCUUCUUGGCAAAGGCUGCUGUAUCUUACAUUUGUCAUGGUGCCGGAUCAAGACCAUGAGAAAGGUAACAGGAGUGGUCACAACAUCAGCAGCAAAUCCUUUCAAAGAUGUGAGGGCUGCGAUGCACAUUACUAUUGGUGUCAUAUGGAUGAUACCCAGAAGUAUUUCUUCAAGUGCAUGGUUGGCAAUUUCCAGGAAAAAAUGGCCAUACCACAGAAGUUUGUGGAGAAUUUCAAAGGUCGAAUCUCUGAAGCUAUCAAGCUAGAAGCUCCUGAUGGAAACAUAUACAAUGUUCAGGCUAUCAAGGAUCUAAACAAGAUAAUCCUCGGAUCUGGAUGGGCGGUAUUUGUCAGCUUUUAUGAAGUAAAAGAGGGCUACUUCCUGGUAUUUAGGUACAUCGGGGAUUCUCACUUCAAAGUUCUGAUAUUUGAUUUUGAAAAUUGCUGUGAGAAGGAAGUGUUCCACGCUCUCAUGAACUGCGGCCCUAAUGCCCAAGAAAAAGACGCUCAUCUUGACCGAUCGCCGCUGAGUGAAAGGCGAUGCCAGAACGGUGGAUCAAGCAACGGUGAGCCCCAUCCAAGGUGUGAGCACUGCGAUGUGCAUUUCUAUUGGCAUCACAUGGAUGAUAUGCAGAAGCAUUUCUUGAGGCUCAUGUUUGGCAAUUUCCAUCAAGAAAUUAGCAUACCAGAGAAAUUUGUGAAGAAUUUCAGAGGACGGAUCUCUGAAGUUAUGAAGCUAGAAGCUCCAGAUGGAAACAUAUACAACAUUAAGGUUACCAAGGAUUUGAACAAGAUAGUCCUUAGAUCUGGAUGGGCAGCAUUUGCCACUGCUUAUGAACUAAAAGAGUAUGACUUGCUGGUGUUCAGAUACAUUGGGGCCUCUCACUUUAAAGUCGUAAUAUUUGAUCCAAGUGGUUGUGAGAAACAAUUAUUCCACAUUGUGAUGAACCACGCUCCUAAUGUACAAAAAAGGGGCAUAUCUGAUGAUCGGUCAUUCCUCAGGGAAACGAGGCGCCUAGACUGUGAAUCACACGAUAGCAACAGUAGAAAAACUAAAAAGAUGACUCCACUGGACUCUCCUUCACCGAGAUCAGCUGAAGGUGUCACAUCUCCAGAGGACACCAUGAAUUCAGGUGGCCUUUGGGAAACUACCGAGGCUCGCUAUGUCCUAGCAAUCGGGUGCAAUCUGACUACUGGGCAGAAGGCAGAAAUCGACGCACUUGUGAAGAAAGUUAGGCCUGUAAUUCCAUUUUACAUCACAGCCAUGAACAAGACAAGUAUGGCUCGAUCUCUGGUCAUCUGCAAGGAUUAUGCUGCCAAAUACCUUCCACAUGAAGACCAAUUCAUCACACUCUGCCAUCCUAGUAAGAGCAGCACAUGGAUAGACCAUUUGAAGGUUAUCACUGAUGGUUCAUGCAUGCUUUCUGCUGGCUGGUCAUGCUUCGUUCUCCACAACGAGUUGCGGGAAAGUGAUGUUUGUGUAUUCGAAGUAUCACAAAGCACCGGUGAAAUGACAAUGGUAGUUCAUUCUCUUGAACGAGGUCAUCACCUACAAGAUGAAGAGCCCGAAUCUCAAAACAAGUGCAAUUAUCCAGUCAAGAGCAAGGCGAUCAUGGAAGAGAGUGACGAAGAAUAUGCUGAGUCCAAGUCCAACUACUACUAUUCAAAAUAUGCCAAGGGCCUGACCGGCGAGGAGCAAGAGGAUAUAUUCAGGUCAGUGUUGAUUCAACAGGGCAAUCCAGUAUACAUCGCUGUCCUGCAGAAGAAUCACGUUAGCCGCAAGCCUAACCUGCUGUUCAUCCCCAAAGAGUUUGCGGCUAAGCAUCUCGCGGCGAGGUCGCAUGACAUCAUGCUCCUGAGACCCAACGGGAAAAAGAAGUGGCGCGUGUGGUACUACUACCAUUCGACGUUUAGGGGUUUCAACGGCACUCCAUGGACCAAGUUCGUCUGUGACAACGAGCUGCGCGAAGGCUACAUCUGUGUCUUUGAGCUGAUCAAAGGCGUGCAUAAGGCGACGAUGUUUGUCCACGUGUUCACGAAGGUUGAUGGCAGGCUUGUUCUGCUGGACUAACUAGCUAGGUUCCUGCGUAGCUGUAUCCUUUUGAAUUUGUCGCUGAAUGAUUCAAACAUGUUGCCACUGGGAGUAGUUUGUGUACGAGACAAGUGCACUAAUAUGGUUCCAGUAGAACUAGCUGUUGAGCCAUACCGUGUGAUUUCAGAACAGAGAGAGUAUUUCAGAUGUUAUUUCUCUUGCAUGUAAGCUCAGUUGACUGUAAUUUUACUGAACCUAAGUUGAGUCGCA